UACUUACGGCGCACGACUGUCUAAGCAUGAAGUUCAAGUAGACUGUUUGCAGGUUCAGUUUCGGGGUCUCGUAGGAGGCAGUGCACGGGAUGGAGACCUUCCCGUCUCGCUGCGGCUGCUCUUAACCCCCGGAACUCCGCAGAGCUUCCCCCCUCCCCUCAGGCAAAGAGCAAUGGGCUGCAAGGGGAGCAAAAUGGGCUGCUGUGAAGCCAGGAGAAAGAAACAACUCAAAUCUCAGCAUGAAAGGGGCAAAGGUUCCUGCGAAUUGACUACCUUGAAGUUCUCUAAUGCCAAUGCAGCACAUGUGCAUGAGGAAGCAGAGAAAGAGAAGGCAGAGCUGCUGGAAAAGCAGAGGAACAGGAUCACAAGUCUCCAGCAACAACACCAGGAGGAGAAAGAAUCUUUGAAGAAUGCACACCGAGCUGAGACGGAGAGACUUAGUCUAGAAGUUAAAACCCAGGUGGAGAAGGAGAAGGAUUUAGAAUGUAGACAGCAAAUUGCUGAGCAGUGUGAAUUGCUGAAGAGACAGCAGGAAGAGAGGCUGCAAGAACUCCAGAAAGCACAUGACCAAGAGAAGCUGCUGCUGAGAGAAUCCCAUGAAAGGUCCCAGUCAUCUUUACAGGAGAUGAUUGACAGAUUGAGUUCUCAGCUGGCAUCCUUCCAAGAGAAAAUGAAACGGGUAGAGGAAUCCAUCCUGAGCAGGGACUUUAAGAAGCACAUCCAGGAUUAUGGGAGCCCUAGCCAGUUCUGGGAACAAGAACUUGAAAGUCUGCAUUUUGUCAUUGAGAUGAAGAAUGAACGUAUCCAUGACCUGGAUAAAAAGCUGCUGAGCCUGGAGACGGUGAUGGAGAGGAACUUGUUGCUUGAGGAGAAAGUUAAAACUCUUCAGCAAGAGAAUGAAGAUCUCCAAGUACGGAUGCAGAACCACCUGGCAGUGGCAAGGCAGCUUUCUGAUGAGCUCAUCACUCUUCGUCAGGCCAUGGAGAAGGAGUCACAGCUGAGAGAACAAGCCCAUCGGGAAAAGGAAGAGUUGCUGUACAGAAUGCUUAGUGGUGAUCCCCCACACACCUUCCCCAUUGCCACUGAGGCACCACUCAUAGCUACAUAGCACUUUGAAAAGCAGAAUGGACUGCUGGAAGUUGGGGGUGGUAGAAGAGGUUAAAAACAGGACUCUUCUGGCCUAUUAUUCUAGUUCUGAACUAGACCCGGAGCUGUGAGACUCUGGCAGGAGAAGGGAUCCAGAGGUACCACAUGCUCUGUUCACUUCACUGUUCUGACACUUGAGGAGGGUAAAGUGAGUUGCCUAAAGAGGGAAGAUUUUCCAGCCUUAAUGCUAGUCAAGAAACAAUGCUAGACCUGAAUAUGAGUAAUGAAUGUAAAUUAGCAGUGGCCUGGGACACACCCCCACCCCACCCCGAGAACAAACUACCUCAUGCCAGAUGAGGUAGGCUGGUGUCACAAUUACUGUUGGUUUAAUAUUUAAAUAGCUACAGUUGUAGGUAGAAAGAAGCCACAAAAGAAGAAAUUGUGCCUGGGAAAAGGAUGUGCAGUUAGAUUUGCUGCCCCUAAUUAAGUUCUCCUGUCUGCUGUUGUCAGAAGUAUAGAACUUUUUAAGUGCUUUGUCUUUGUAGAAGUCUAGACCAUUAUCAGUGAGCAGUUUCCUCAUAAUUGAAAGAACAUUUCAAUUACUCUACUAUGUAGGUGAGAUUGCUUGCAUAAGUCUUUCCCACACUCCACUGAUGCUGAGGUAGUGUGUGUGGGCUGGUUCUGUGGGAAAGAUCUGCCCAAUUUGACCCCACUUACAUAGGCCAUUUAUGUGCUAGUCAUGCAGGACUUUCUUACAGAUGAACGCUUGCCUCACAUCUGAGAGAACCUCAAAAGGGCACCGAAGAUCCAGUUUCUUCCAAAACCAAAAUUGAUCUUCCAAUUGAAACUGUUUGUGCUGGCCUUAGAAGGUCAAGGUUUCUUUGUCAGGUGAGAUUUUCUGUUAUUUGAGAUGAAAGUCAAGUGAAAAUGUCUGGAAAUCAAAGGAUGCUUUGAAACCAUAUAGAAAAACUGGCAAUAGAGGGUUCCCAUGCUGAUUGUGAAGGAACAGUAAUUUCAAAUAAAUGAGCUCUUGUGGUUCCAGACCACUGAAGUUCUGGUAGAAGUGUAUAGCAAGUAUGACUAAUGAUUUAAGAAAAGUUUCAUUUGGAUUAGAACAAAGUGGUUAUAGGAUGUGUUCUAAUCCACACACAUUGUAUACAGUCUGCAAUGGAAGAAAUGAUAUGUAGUACCGUGUGAGCUGAGAACGUUGUAAGUACUUAAAAAACACAAGCUUAUGAAAGUCAGGAUGAAGUGGGUGCUGGAGGAAAACCAGUGAAUAUUUAAUUUACCUAUAUAAGAUGUAAAACAGGUUUGCAUAGUUUGUGAGCAACCAAACUAAAUGUGCUCCAUGAGCACCAAUACCCCCUUGUAAUUGCAGUACCAGAUACAACCAGGUCUUUUAUCUUGGCUUUGGUGCAAUACCAUAUAUAGGUGGCAGAAUGCUCUUGGUUUGGUGGCCAGUAUGCUGUGCAAGGUGACACAGAUUUUAUUUCUGCUACUUUUGUGGUACCAGAACUCUUUCCAAAGUUUCAGUUAUACUUCAAGAGGAAACAAAUUCUAUCAUUGUCUCUCAAGACAGCUUUAAUUGUUAAUUGGAACCCAUCUAUGGCUGAAUGACAAAAAUAAUUUAUCUUAAAGGUGCAUCCACUCAAGUGAGAAACUCAUAUUGUUGUAUCUCGACAUGAUGACUCGGCAUCUGAUCCAUUGUGCACUGUGAACUGGUGUUCUCUGAAUGCC